UCAUGGACUAUUGACCCGUAGCCCUUGCGGGUUGCGGGUCUAAUUGCUAAUUGGCACUCAGGUUCUCAUCGGGCAAGCUCGCUAUCUAAAAGCCUGGGACGAGGAUGUGAUUAACCCAGGUUCCCCUCGGCCAAUCUUUGCGAAGCUCGCCAUUUUGAUUUUUUUCGUGGCAUGUGGUACUGUCCUAGAAGUAAAUCUCUUGGCAGGCAUGGGCAGCUUACCUGAAGCACUUACCAAAGUUGCCAACCAGCUCAUUGCCAUAUCCGUGGGUUUAGGUAUUGGUGGACUUUUUGUUUACAAGAAUGCGGCCAAUGUGUUCCCUAAUCAAGUGUGCAAACCCAUCGUGGCUUUGAGGGAAGGAGAUGAUAGAAGCUACGUGAAAAUUCCCGAACGCUGUAAAACACAGUUUAAUGAGGUCCUGACGAAGUUUGGCUACAAAAACAACGACAAAAUCACUUUGUUCAUAAAUCAAGGAGUGCACCCGAUUUCGGCGGGUUCUCCAUCUUUUCCAAACGGAGCAGUUGUGAGCCUCCCAAAGUGGUACAUUUUUGAGAAUCACGAGGACGUAGAAAAGUGUGGAAUAACUUUCCAAGGAAGAGAUAUCAAGUGGGACUCGGAACUGGGUAUUAUGAUUAAAGAGACUUUGUUACCCACAGAUGAUAUGAUAGCUUUUUGCAUUGGUAACGAGCUCGCCAAAAUCCAACGGCUGGAUUAUAUGGCCAUCAAUGCGUUCAUGGCACCGACAUGGUUGUACACGACAUUUAGGAUAGCUUAUGCUACCCCAAGGCUGGUUAAACUCCAUGCAAUUUUAGAUUUUAUCCUCAAGCUUUGCAUUUUGAGAAUGAGCUAUCUUUGUUACAAGCAAGUCAAUGGAAAGUUCUACCAUGAUGUAGUUUACAAGGCAGACUUGACCGCUGCAAAGUGUGAGCCCAGGAUGCUUCAAGGCGGCAUUGAUAUGUUCUCCAAAAAGCUAGAGCUCAACCGAAUUCGACGUAGGUUGCUUGGAAAGAAGGGAAAGCACUGUUUCACUGAGGAAGGAAAUGACAUCGAAUCCUACUUGUACCCACUGAUGACAGAAAGGCUUGAGAGGCUGAAGGCAAUAAACACAGGAUCAACCAGUGUAUCCAGUGAUGAGCUGCUCAAUGACAGAUGAAGACAAUCGUCUGUUAAAAGUCUUGUUCUUAUCUUGUGAUGUGAUGUUUCACAUUUCAUUUGUCAUCUCAUUACACAGUGCAAGAAAAUAAGUUAAAUGAUGUUAAAAUUUUUAAAUAAAUUGAUCAUUUGGUUGCUCAAAUGGGGAGUUGUUGAUCACACAAAUAAAAGCCAGACAAUACACUUUAUGUUGGCACAGUAACAGCCUACCUCCUGUGGUUUCCUCAGAGGUUAGAGCAAUCAGCUAACUAACAAACAAACAAUUUAACAAACAGAAAUAGAAAUUGAAACUCGGAAGUAACUUUGUAAGAUAUUGGGUUUAGUUAGUGUACGUUGGACUACGAUAGUGACAGUGUUUCUGGAUGGGAAAUAGCUAGUCUAGGUUAGGGUAAGAGUUUUUGGUGCCUAGUCUAGAAUAGGGUUGCAAACUCGAGCUGAUCGUGAUCUAGUAUAAGGUUAGGGUUUCAGUGUCUCAGCAGCACACCCCCAGCUAAAGAUUUACAUUGUUCUUCCCCCUCUGAUUUGACUCCCUUUGCCUAUUUUGGACCUUUCUUACAAUAACAAACUGAACAUGAUUCAUUUUACAACUGCUAACCAUGACAGAGGACUUGGGUUAAAAUGUUUUCACCAUUUGAACAUGUCACCCUAAUAGUUAGGCUAGAGCACCCUGGCAGCAGUAGCAGCAUUACAACUUCAACGGUCACCUUGCUAUGAGGAGCACCCCAGAGGAUGGGGAGGGGGGGAGUACUUGCGUACUGUGUACUCCAGUAUGGUAGUGCUGGCAAGUUAUGACUGCUUUGUAAGGUUUCCAAUGUGAGGACUUUUUUCGUUUUGCUGAAAGAUUGAGGCUUACUAAAAGCACGACCCAGAGUACUCAUACUUGUGUCAAACAAUUCUAUCAGUUUGAUUUACAAAUUCAAACCACCUAAAAAAUGUAUUUAGCACUGUUGUGCUAAUUGGGGACACUAAAUAAAUAAACAAACAUUGUAAAUAGACCAUAAACUAUUAGCAAUCCCAACCGAUGGGAGGCUGACUAGUUAGGUAUUCACAGUUGAGGUCAGUACUACCGUGGGCUAAUCCAGAUAGAGAUAGGGUGGAGGAACCAGGGACCUUCAGAUGUCAAAUCCAGCGCCCUAAGCCACUCCGCCAUGCCGCCUCCUCAUAGGAAACAAUAGAGAAAGAAGCCUGGUGUUUCGUCCCCUUCACAAAUGCAUGGAAGAGCAUGCGCUUACAAAAUGUUAUAGCUAAAAUUUUAAGAGUUACAAAUUUUCGCCUACAUUGCCUGGCAACAAUUCUAAGAAAAUCGUGAUUCAUCCGCCUUUCUCUCCCCUCCCUCCCAGCUGCCCCCUUUCCAACAAGUGUCACAGCUCGGUCUUUGUCUCACAGACUCAGUGUCUGUCCACUCGGCAGUCCCGGUUGUCACUGGUGAAUGGCAGAAGUAGGAUAAUGGUGUGGGAGGGUGGGGAGAUGGAGAAAUCGAAUCAACAGGGAUCCCUCCAAUUAGAAAUUCUUUCCAUUUUGACUUGUGAUUCACGCAUACGACAUAGUGACCGCGGGCGUCUUGCCCACUUGCUCUGAGAGAGCGUUUUGAGCUCGUUCAGAGACUCUUCUACAUGAAAUGAAAACGAUCCAGUUGGAGCAAGAACUGGUCAGAACUCUGUUUAAAAAAAACACGGAAAAUUCAACCUAGUGUGAAAAAUUUAGUGUCCAGUUCGUAAAGGAAAUUAAUUUCAGCCCUGUUCAGGGAGGAAAAAAUGUCCGCCGCGAAACGAAUUUC